UAUUAUUAUUAUUAUUAUUAUUAUUAUUAUUAUUAUUAUUAUUAUUAUUAUUAUAACAUGCUAACAUGUGCAGGAACCAUUAAAAAAAAUCUUGAAAAAAUGAAUGACAUUACACCAAUGACAUGACUCUGAUGAAACAUAAUUAGAGUCGUAAAAAUGAUCCUCUAUCCUAAUUAUUCAAAGAUAAAAAUGACAAUAAUAUAAAGUUAUAGUUUUAAAACCUAAAACUAAUCCUCAUUAUAAUACAAAUAGCCAGAAUAGAAUCUUCAAAAUAUUAUUAAAACUAGAGCGACACAAAAAGAAGUUCUAAAACUAAGAACUAUCUUAAAAAAGAUAAAUUGAAGAAUGCUAAAAAAUCAUGAAGAAAAUAAAAGCAUGAAGAAGAAAAAUGCAAGCAUGAAAGCAUAAUAAGAAUUGGAGGACAAAAAUUCUCAGCCUUGUAGUUUGCACUUUGCGUACAAAUGUCUAAAGUGUAUCUGUUACUCCGCAUAUAACAACGAAAAAAGGUUGUGAAUUUAGGAUAAACAAUUAGAAAAAACUUUUGACUUUUUGAGAUUUUUAGUUUGAGAAUCUACUAAAAAUUAACUUUUGGAUUUUUUUUUUUAAAAUAGGCAAUUUUGGCUCAAAUUUUAAAAAGUUUUAGGGGCUUACGCCCCAAAUGAAUACCCAGAAUGUUGGGGCUUAAGCCUAGGCGAGCGCCUGAAAGGUUGGGGCUUACGCCCCGCCUGUACGCCUCGGGACGUUUUUGGUACGCCUCGCUCCGGGACUCCCCGAAAACGCCUUUGAAAACACUAAAGACUUUAAUUGUUAUUUUAAAAUCUACCUUACUAAAUCAGUCAACAAUUUUAAGAAGUAAGAAGAGAUAAAUGACAACUCAGUCAAAAAAGAAUGUUAAUAGAUGUGCAAAAAUCUUAAAAAUUAAAUAAUAUGGAUCAGAGGAAUAUGUAUAAGAGCCGAUAAGAUUUUAGCGUGAGAGAAAACAAUAACGGUCAUGGAAACAAUCUUUAAACAAAGGACCAGUAAUCUCUUUCUAUAAACAGAAUUAUGAAUGUAGGGUUAGAGUUAUAUUUGUGCAUUUUGAAUGUAAAUUAAAGAAAAAUAAUCGCUUACCCAUUCGUUGAGUUAUUGGUGCCGCAAAUCUUUCGGUAAUAUUAUGUAAUUUAAGAGACCCCUUUCUUUCUUUCUCAAUGUCCUAUCCAUUUUUUUGCCACUGGUAAUAAGUCUCCCAUAGUCUUCUCCAUUUCCUUUUCCACUCCUAAAAAUUCAUCAUUAAUUCCAUUUUCAUUCGUGUAAUUACCUUUUUUUUUAAUUUCAUCAUCAAUACUUUCAUAUCCAGGAAUUUAGUGUUCUAUUUUCAUUAUUUUAAGACCCUCUUUUCUUAUGUGUUGCUUUUGAAGAAAUUGCACGGUUUGCCGUUCAGAUGGGCUGGUCUUUAAUUUUUGCCCUUCAAAAUCGAAUUUAUGUCUAUCGGGACAUAAGUUUUUUAAUGAGAUCGACAUAAUUUGUGGAAUAUUAUGAUGCUAAAAUAUAAAUUUAUACCUUGUGAAAAAGUUAAGGACAAAAAAUUAGAGACAAGCAAAAAACAGGGACAAAAGUGCAAAUGACCCGUUGCUUUUUAGGGGCUUGAAUAUUCAUUUUUUAACUGAACUUUGCAAAUUUGGAAUUUCAUCACCUAAACAUUUCAUGAUAGAAAAUCACAUUAUCUAAGUUUUAUAGUUUUUGUUCUCAUUUUUGUUGCCUUAUGCCGUUAAAUUACCUUUAGUUAACAUGAUUUUAAUGACUUUAAAUUGUCCUUGAAUGUAAGGAAAUCCUCAUUUCGAAUAUCUAUUGUUAUGUCUUUGAUAUUCGUUCUUCUAAUUUCAGUUUGCUUUAAAAAUGUAGGCAUACAACAAGAGAGUAAUAAACUAAUAUUGUAUAUAUUUUCGCGGUAUCUAUAUAUUAUCACAGCUUGUGAAUUACAAUUAUGAGUGGCAACAUGUCCGGACCUCUUGACCGACCAUUCAGGCCAAGUCUAGAAAAGAUUGACAUUGAAAAUCCUGAGCAUGAGAGGAAGACAAGGCUUGGGUCUCUCAAGAAGAAGGCAGUUAAUGCCUCUACCAAAUUUAGACAUUCUUUUACAAAAAGGGGUCGAAGGAAUAGCAGAGUUAUGUCUGUUGUUUUUGAGGAUGAGCGUGAUGCAGAGGAAAUAAAGGCAGUUGAUGCAUUCCGCCAAGCACUUAUCUUGGAAGAAUUACUUCCCUCAAAACAUGAUGAUUAUCAUAAAUUGUUAAGAUUCUUGAAGGCCAGAAAAUUUGAGAUUGAAAAAUCAAAGCAGAUGUGGGCUGAUAUGAUCAAGUGGAGGAGUGACUUUGGUGCAGACACUAUCAUGGAGGAUUUCGAGUUCAAGGAAAAGGAAGAAGUCCUCAAGUACUAUCCACAAGGGCAUCACGGAGUAGAUAAGGAGGGAAGACCAGUUUAUAUUGAAAGAAUUGGUCAAGUAGAUUCUAUUAAGCUCUUGCAAGUUACAACAAUGGAUCGCUAUCUCAAGUACCAUGUGCAGGAGUUCGAGAGGACACUCAAUGACAAGAUGCCUGCCUGCUCCAUUGCAGCCAAAAGACACAUUGACACAAGCACAACUAUUCUGGAUGUGCAAGGAGUGGGACUAAAGAACUUCAACAAAUCAGCAAGGGAACUCAUUCAAUGUCUCCAAAAUAUUGAUGGUAACAAUUAUCCUGAGAGCUUGUGUCGCAUGUAUAUCAUCAAUGCUGGUUCUGGAUUCAGGCUCUUAUGGAACUCUGUCAAGUCAUUCCUAGACCCCAAGACUACAGCAAAAAUUCAUGUUCUUGGUAACAAAUACCAAAGCAAAUUGCUCGAAGUAAUUGAUGCCAGUGAACUGCCAGAGUUUUUAGGCGGUACAUGCACUUGUGCUGACAAAGGAGGAUGCAUGCUUUCUGAUAAAGGUCCAUGGAAUGAUCCUGAUAUAAUGAAGAUGGUUCGCAAUGGUGAACAUAAAUGUUCAAACGGAAUUUUCAUCCCAACAAUUGAUGAGAAAACAAUCUCAGAAGAUGCAAAUGCUAAUCCUAAUGUUCAAAGGGAUUAUGUAGCUCAUACUCAACUCUCCCCUGUACAUGAGGAAGUUGACAUGAACAAAAACCACCCUAGUGCAUAUGAACCUCAAGACUAUAUGCCUAUAGUGGACAAGGCAGUUGAUGUAACUUGGACUAAAGCUAAGGGUAGAGAUUUCUUCCCCAUGCAUGAUGCUUCUCAGUCGCCCGCAGGAUUUAGCAACCAGCUAUUCACUGGAGUUAUGACAAUUAUGAUGGGCAUUGUGACAUUGGUCAAGAUGACCCGAAAUAUGCCAAGAAAGCUUGCUGAUGCAACCCUACAAGCUCAUGGUUACCAAUUGAAUGAACCUACCAUAUCUGCUAAUGAGCACUUCAGCAUGAUUAAGCGUAUGGAAGAACUCGAGGAGAAAGUCAUUACUCUUACCAACAAACCUGCCUCAUUAACUCCUGAGAAAGAGGAAAUGCUCAAUAAUGCCAUGAAACGCAUCGAUACUUUGGAGCAAGACCUUUUGGCUACUCAUAAGGCUCUUGAGCAAGCUCUGGUUCGUCAAGCGGAACUUCUAGCAUACGUGGAGAAGAAAAGGAAGAAGAAAAAAUUCUUGGGGCUAUUUUAAGUAUUUUAAUGGAAUGUGAGGAUGUAUACUUCUUAAGAUGGAGCUUUACAAGGAUAGUCAAUAGGGGACAUCCAAAGAUUAAAAAUAGGUUUGGCUCGAGGUAUCAUCUAGAGAAGAAGAUGCUGAUAAGGAAAUUAUGAAGUCUGCUCCUGUGAUUAUCUGAAAGACAAGAAGCAACCGGAAAAAUGAACAAGGGAUGUUGGAUUCACUAUAUUUUGGUGGAGCAUUGCAGUGAAAAAAUGCCACUAAUUGUAGAUGGUUUGAAUGGAUGGACUAAUAGGGGUCUAGACUCCAGAGAAGUUUGGCCCUUAGGCUGUAUAAGUUAAUGAGUUAGAUUACUCAUAUGGUCACUCAACUAAUAGUUAUUAUAUCAGAUAGUCACACAUUCUUUGUUGAAGGAAAUUGGAAUCAAGAAGCAAGGUGACUUCUCUAGAGUGACCAUCUGAUAAAUCUAACACUAAGUUAAUGGAUUGAAGUUGCAUGCUGUAAAUAUCUCGUACAUUAUUAAUGCAAUUAAACUAGUUAUAGGUUACUCAUCUUUUCCAAAUCUCCAACUCAUGCUCCUUACAGAAAAUUUCCUAUAGUGAGACUUGUUAAUAACUUGAUAGUAUAAAGAUUAUAUUGCUUAGGUGCAAAAGUUUAAACUCUAGAUUACUUUGUAAUGGCAUUACUGAACAACGAUGACAAGUUUUUUGGUGGGAAGUUGAAUGAGGAUAUUCAGCUGGGAGGCUCAAUAUUGAUUUGAUUAUA